UCGUUGGACUUGAAGGGGCUCUACGUGACGGCUGAGGAGUGGGCAACACUUCUGAACGGAGCGCAGCAGUGCAGCACAUUUCAGACGCGCAGAGAGGAGAGGAGCUGUGCGGAGAGACGGGUGCCCAUCCGUUAACUAGCUGGAGGAACGCACACUAACAAUCCCUUAUGGCUGCUUGAGAAAUAACCAAACACCCCCCCUCCCCCUUUUUUCUCUUUCUCUGGGACUUUUGGCUUUUUAGUAUUGUCCUGACCAGAAGUUGUUGCAAGUCGAGUUAGUUUCACCAAGUUGAAAAGUGAAUCCACUUGCCGUGGACUUCUCUGGCGGUCAUGGAUACCCAUAUAAGAUGGAAAGUUAAACGGACGAUAAGGGACGCCCAAAUCACUUUAGCGGUGAUUCUGCUUUUUGUCACAUCGCAAGCAAGUUCAGUGGAACCCGCAGACCUCUUGAAGAUUUUAGAUUUUCACAGUUUACCCGAGGGUGUUCUAAAAACAACGGGUCUCUGCUCACAUCGGAGGUCAACACAAGGACCCGAUGUCGCCUACAGAGUCUCCAAAGACGCCCAGCUGAGCGCCCCCACCCAACAGCUGUAUCCAGGUGAUGUGUUCCCGGAGGACUUUUCCAUCUUGGCCACAGUGAAGCCUAAGAAGGGCAGCCAGUCCUUCCUGCUGUCUGUGUACAAUGAGCAGGGCAUCCAGCAGCUCGGGUUGGAGGUGGGCCGUUCUCCGGUGUUCCUGUACGAGGACCACACAGGCAAACCCAGCCCUGAGGACUACCCCCUCUUCAGAGGAGUCAACCUGGCUGACGGAAAAUGGCAUCGAGUGGCCAUCAGUGUGCACAAGCAGACCAUCACCCUCAUUCUGGACUGUAAAAAGAAGACCACCCAGAAGCUACUCCGAAGCCCCCACCCCAUCAUCGAUACCAAGGGAAUUGUAGUUUUUGGAACUAGAAUACUUGAUGAAGAAGUCUUCGAGGGAGACAUCCAGCAGCUAUUGAUUGUAGGAGACCAUCGUGCUGCCUAUGACUACUGUGAGCACUACAGUCCUGAUUGUGAAGUGCCCAUGCCCGACCAGCCUCAGAACCAGGACCCCAACACCGAUGAAUAUAACACAGAGGAGGACAGCUACUAUUACGAGUACCCUUACUAUGAGGACACCGAGGGAAAGCCUCUUGAAUCAACAUCUGAUGCUGAGACGACAAAAGAAGUCAAGAUGGCAGAUGAAGACAGCGUGGUGUCUGAAGUGGAGGAGGCUCUGAGGGGUUCUGGUGCCAUCGGCGGCAAAGUGACCUCCAUCACCAGCAGCUCAUCAGCUGGAUCAUCCGCUGGCUCAUCCGCUGGCUCAUCCGUUGGCUCUUCAUCCAGCUCUUCAUCCAGCUCCACAGGAACUGCCACUGCCGGAGGAGAAGCCGACGGAGAGGAGACCAGCCCUUACGAAAGUUACGAUGGCUACGGUAACUACGAGACUUACUAUGACGAGGCCACGGCAGCCCCAGAUACAGACUCCUCCCGACGGGUCACCAUCACCAGCAGCAGCAUCGGCACCGGGGGCGAGGUGGACCUGGAGGCAGAGGGAAAGAUUGACUUGAGUUCAACCUCCAGCAUCGAAAGGCGGGUCACCGGUGGAGAAGGAUCUUCAAUCACCAUGACCGCCAAUAAGACAUCAGUUGCAACUUCCGUUGGUGACUAUGGUGAUGAGUAUGAUUAUGGCACCAACGACGCUUAUAGCCUUGGUGCAGAAGGUGACACCACCAGUACCGUCCAUGUCAGUGGAGGUGGAGGCAGCAGCAGCAGUUCAGUCCAUGUCAGUGGUGGUGGUGGAGGAGGCAGCAGCAGUUCAGACCAUGUCAGUGGUGGUGGAGGAGAUGGAGGAGGCAGCAGCAGUUCAGUCCAUGUCAGUGGUGGUGGAGGAGAUGGAGGAGGCAGCAGCAGUUCAGUCCAUGUCAGUGGUGGUGGAGGAGAUGGAGGAGGCAGCAGCAGCAGUUCAGUCCAUGUUAGCGGAGGUGGAGGAGGCAGCAGCAGUUCAGACCAUGUCAGUGCAGGUGGAGGAGGCAGCAGCAGUUCAGACCAUGUCAGUGCAGGUGGAGGAGGUGGAGGAGGCAGCAGCAGUUCUACCAUCACUAUCGGGGGCGGGUCUUCCUCUGCGGGGGGAUCUUCCACCACCGGAGGGGGAUCAGCCAGCGCCGGCACCGGAGCAGGGGGCUCCAUCGCCACGGGAACAGGCCUGGGUGUUGAAGGAGAGGGAUACUACACAGACCUGGAUGGGUUCAAGGAGGAGCACCUCAGCGAAUACGGCAAUUUAGACUCGUACGGCACCUACGAUGGGCUCGACUAUGGAGACGAGGGCAAAGUGCUGCCUGCUGAGACCGGGACAGAUUAUGGACAGGUCCACGGAGCCCGUGGCGAGAAGGGACAGAAGGGAGAGCCUGCUGUUAUUGAGCCUGGAAUGUUAGUGGAGGGCCCGUCUGGGCCUGAAGGGCCAACAGGCCUCCCCGGACCCCCAGGUUCUUCUGGCCAACCAGGCAGUUCUGGAGAUUCUGGAGAGAGGGGUCUUCCUGGUCGUGCUGGCCUUUCCGGUGCUGAUGGUCUGCCCGGACCCCCUGGUACUGUCCUGAUGCUGCCUUUCAGAAUGAGUUCUGGUGGUGACUCCGGACAGAAGGGCCCUGCUGUGUCAGCACAGGAGUCCCAGAUGCAAGCCAUCAUGCAGCAGGCUAGGCUGGCUAUGCGCGGCCCUACAGGUCCCAUGGGUUUGACUGGCAGGUCCGGCAUUCUGGGUCCUCCCGGGGGCUCAGGCCUGAAGGGAGAGUCUGGAGACUCAGGUCCUCAGGGACCACGUGGACCCUUGGGAUCCUCUGGACCCUCUGGAAAGCCUGGCAGAAGGGGUCGUUUUGGAGCCGACGGUGCCAGGGGCAUGCCGGGACAGUCUGGAACCAAGGGAGACCGAGGCUUUGAUGGUCUUUCCGGACUUCCUGGUGAAAAAGGACACAGAGGUGAAUCUGGACCCUCUGGACCUCAUGGUGGUCCUGGAGAGGAUGGAGAAAGGGGAGAUGAUGGAGAGAUCGGGCCCCGGGGACUUCCUGGCGAAUCAGGGCCCCGCGGUUUGCUCGGACCAAAAGGACCUCAGGGACCCUCUGGACCCCCUGGUGUUACUGGAAUGGAUGGACAACCUGGACCCAAAGGAAACAUCGGACCUCAAGGAGAACCAGGACCUUCUGGACAGCAAGGAAACCCAGGAACCAUGGGUCUUGCAGGGCCCCAAGGAGCCAUCGGACCCCCAGGAGACAAGGGACCUUUCGGAAAACCAGGCUUGCCAGGAAUGCCAGGAGCUGACGGCCCACCGGGUCACCCUGGAAAGGAAGGGCCUAACGGAGAGAAAGGACACUUGGGCCCUGCUGGCCCUCAAGGACCCCUUGGUUAUCCCGGGCCCCGAGGUGUGAAGGGAGCCGACGGUGUCCGCGGUCUGAAAGGACACAAGGGUGGAAAGGGAGAAGAUGGAUUCCCCGGCUUCAAGGGAGAUUUGGGAAUCAAGGGCGACAGGGGAGAGCUCGGCCCAGGAGGACCCAGAGGAGAGGACGGUCCCGAGGGUCCCAAGGGUCGCUCAGGUCUCUUAGGAGAUUCUGGUCCUCUCGGCCCAUCUGGUGAGAAGGGUAAACUCGGAGUUCCCGGACUCCCCGGAUACCCAGGAAGACAAGGACCAAAGGGAUCUCAAGGUUUCCAAGGAUUCCCAGGAGCCAACGGAGAGAAAGGAGCUCGGGGAUUGGCAGGGAAGUCUGGCCCACGCGGACAGAGGGGACCAACGGGACCUCGAGGAGAGAGAGGAGCAAGGGGACCAACAGGAAAGAAUGGACCAAAGGGUACCUCAGGAAAUGACGGCCCACCAGGACCUCUUGGCGAGAGGGGUCUGCCAGGGCCUCAGGGACCAACAGGUUUCCCAGGACCAAAGGGCCCUCCUGGACCCGCAGGAAAAGACGGACUGCCCGGACAUCCUGGACAGAGAGGAGAGACUGGAUUCCAAGGCAAGACUGGCCCUCCUGGCCCCCCAGGUGUGGUUGGACCUCAGGGACCAACAGGUGAGACUGGACCAAUGGGAGAUCGCGGUCAUCCUGGACCCCCAGGCCCACCUGGUGAGCAGGGUCUACCUGGAUCUGCAGGAAAGGAAGGAGCCAAGGGUGACUCCGGUCCUGCUGGCCCACUCGGUAAGGAUGGCCCUCCUGGACUCAGAGGUUUCCCCGGAGAGAGAGGUCUGCCCGGCCCUGUGGGGGCUCACGGCCUGAAAGGAAGCGAAGGACCCCAUGGCCCACCUGGACCCGCUGGUUCUCCUGGUGAGCGCGGCCCUGCUGGCCCAGCCGGACCUACAGGUCUGCCUGGACGUUCCGGACCCCAGGGACCCCCGGGGCCUUCCGGAGAGAAAGGAGGACCCGGAGAGAAAGGACCUCAAGGCCCAGCUGGAAGAGACGGUAUUCAGGGCCCUGUGGGUCUGCCCGGCCCUGGAGGACCUCCUGGACCCCCCGGAGAGGACGGAGACAAGGGAGAGCUUGGAGAGUCCGGCCAGAAAGGAGGCAAGGGUGACAAAGGAGAGCAUGGCCCACCUGGUCCCACCGGCCCUCAAGGACCUGUUGGAGCACCCGGUCCAGCUGGUUCGGAUGGAGAGCCCGGUCCCAGAGGUCAGCAGGGUCUGUUUGGCCAGAAGGGAGAUGAAGGAUCCAGAGGAUUCCCCGGACCUCCAGGUCCAGUUGGUCUGCAGGGCUUGCCUGGUCCCCCCGGUGAGAAAGGUGAAACUGGAGACGUUGGUCAAAUGGGUCCACCCGGUCCACCUGGUCCCAGAGGCCCCUCAGGACCCCCAGGAGCUGACGGCCCUCAGGGACCUCCCGGUGGCAUUGGAAACCCUGGCUCUGUUGGAGAAAAGGGAGCUGCUGGAGAAACAGGAGUGCCCGGACUUCAGGGAGAACUCGGAGGACCAGGUCCAAGAGGAGAGAGAGGAGAGAAGGGAGAGGGUGGUCCAGCUGGUACAUCAGGACCCCCCGGCCCUAAGGGUCCCCCUGGAGAUGACGGUCCCAAAGGAAGCCCCGGUCCAAGUGGUUUCCCUGGUGACUCUGGUCCCCCUGGAGAGCCCGGUGCAGCUGGAUUAGAUGGACCCGCUGGUGACAAGGGAGAUGACGGAGAGGCUGGUCAAGCUGGUUCUCCUGGACCCACUGGAGAGUCUGGUCCCUCUGGACCCCCAGGAAAGAGAGGCCCCCAUGGAAUAUCAGGACCUGAGGGAAGACAAGGAGAGAAGGGAACUAAGGGAGAGACUGGUUUGGAAGGUCCCCAAGGAAAGACAGGCCCCGUUGGUCCUCAAGGAUCACCUGGCAAGCCCGGUUCUGAAGGCCUGCGGGGUAUCCCUGGGCCAGUUGGAGAGCAAGGUCUUCCUGGUUCUACAGGCCCAGAUGGACCUCCGGGACCCAUGGGUCCUCCUGGUUUACCUGGUAUGAAAGGAGAUUCUGGCGUUAAAGGAGAAAAGGGCCAUCCUGGGCUUAUUGGUCUUAUCGGACCCCCAGGAGAACAGGGAGAGAAGGGUGACCGUGGUCUGCCCGGCCCCCCAGGACAACAUGGCUCCAAGGGAGACAAUGGUAUUGCCGGUCCUUCAGGUCCUCUCGGUCCCCUCGGCCCCCCUGGACUACCUGGUCCAUCUGGUCCUAAAGGAGCUAAAGGAUCAUCUGGUCAAACUGGACCGAAGGGAGAGACCGGUACAUCUGGACCUCCUGGCCAACCUGGCCCCCCCGGCGAUGUCAUCCACCCCCUCCCCAUGAUGUCCAACAUGAAGGGCAGAACCCGCAGGAACAUCGAUGCCAGCGAGGUGAUGGACGACAUGCCUGCAGAUACCAACUACAAGGACUACGAAGACGGCAUGGAGGAAAUCUUUGGCUCGCUCAACUCCCUGAAGCUGGAGAUCGAGCAGAUGAAGCAUCCGAUGGGAACGCAGAGCAACCCGGCGCGUACCUGUAAAGACCUGCAGCUCUGCCACCCCGACUUCCCCGAUGGUGAGUACUGGAUUGAUCCAAACCAGGGCUGCUCUCGGGACUCCUUCAAGGUUUACUGCAACUUCACAGCAGGAGGAGAGAGCUGCAUCUUCCCAGAUAAGAAGUCUGAAGGGAGCAAAAUGGCAAAAUGGCCCAAAGACUCGCCAGGCACAUGGUAUAGUCACUACAAGAGAGGUUCCCUGCUCUCCUACGUGGAUGCCGAGGGUAGCCCCGUCAGCGUGGUCCAGAUGACCUUCAUGCGGCUGCUGAGCGCGGCUGCCAGACAGAACAUGACGUACAACUGCUACCAGUCGGUGGCCUGGCAUGACCAGGAGCAGGACGGCUACGACAAGGCCAUCCGCUUCCUGGGCUCCAACGACGAGGAGAUGUCUUACGAUAACAACCCCUACAUCCGUGCAGUGGUCGACGGCUGUGCGUUGAAAAAGGGUUAUGAAAAGACAGUUAUUGAGAUCAACACGCCAAAGGUGGAACAGGUGCCAUUUGUGGACAUUAUGUUCAACGACUUUGGCGGCUCCGCGCAGAAGUUUGGAUUUGAAGUGGGCCCCGUCUGUUUCAUCGGCUAAGACUGUUUACUGAACAAAUGGAGAAAAAAAAGCAUAUAUUUGUUUUCUCAGAGAAAAAAAAAAAAACAAUUGAAAAAGAAUAGGACAAUUCUAUUUGUAAAAAAGUAACUUUUUUUUCCAUAAAGCAACAAGUAUGAGUAAAAAUGAAAUCAAGUGAAAUUCUAUAGGAAUAGAGGAAACUAACCUUGAAACCUCAGUGUGCCUUCUCCAUCACAUGCACGUUUUGAAACUGGAUGUCAGAUCCUGCCUUCUACACAAACAACCCUAGCCCCAUGCCACCAUUCUCCAUUUAGAUGUAGACAUGGAAGGCGACCCUGAGAGCUCCAACCGUUCCAGACGCUCGCUGCAUUUGCCACGGACUCCAUCUGAUUUGGCUCUUUGUUUUCCUUUCAGUUGUGAUCUCAUGUUUUCCCGCCUCUCCCCGGCUUAUUCCACUUUGUUGUUUUGUUCGCUCAUUCUCUACGGGAGCUUUGUUUGUGCAUAAUUCUCUCCCCAUUCCCUUGGAAUGGACCAUAUAUAUAUAAAUAUAUAUAAAUAAUGUGUAUGUUUGUAAGUACAUUCUGUAUAUUUUUCAUGGUAAUUUGUAUUGCCUCUGGCUUCAAAACAUGCAUGUGACCUUUGACUUGUGAGGUAGGAUACGAUGGAUACAGGGGUUAAUGGUAGCAAUAUAUCAAAAGUGAGGAAAUUCGACUUGUAAAUGAAAAAACCUCAAAAGAAACAAAUUGGGAAGCCCUCUCUUGUUGCGGUUGUGGAGCACAGCUUGUUGUAAUUUAAGAACAGAAUGGAAAUAAAAGACGAAAACAAGCUCUGUGAUAUUAUGUGAUUUGCAUAACGAACGACCACACAAAAUACAUUCCUCCUUUUGUGCCCUCUGAACAGCUUGGUGGUUAAUAUUAUUAACUUAAUAAACAGCUUCUAUUUUUUCUUUUCUUCAAAUACACAUCUAUCUGACUAUGCAAUGGGAAGUGAUGUCACAUGAAAUGAAAACACAAAGAAAUCAAAUCCUAGGUGCUAUUUUCUCUCUUCUGUGGUGCUAUGUGUUUUUCUAAUUUGUAUUGUUUGAAUGAAAGAAAAUGUGUGGUGAUAAUAUCCCCCCGCCAGCAGCCCCCUUGACUCUUUACCACCACAUCCGACUUUGCUGCAUCUAUUUACUUGUUUUUCUUCAAAUGUUCUGCAGUGGUGUUUGCAUGCCAUUUCUCUACACAUCCACUCACAGAUCAGCGCAGCAUGCCGGCGUGUGUUGCCUCCUGCUUCAGCGGACCGCACACACUUGUACAAAUGUUGGAAUUACGAGAGGAAAGAUGGUGCUGUUGGCUUUGCAUAUCAUUGCUCUAAGAAGCUGCAUCAUGGCUCUAGGUGUUGGAUCAUCUGUGCCGCAUCAAACUGAUGGAGUUGAGAAGUGGACAUGUUGUGAUUGGGCCAAAGCAUCCAAAAAGGGAUGAGUUUUGUUUGGUGUAUGAAACCCUAAACGCUUCCACCAAAGGUUUUCAGGUAUAUUAAUAUAGCUUUAAGGGCCAUGGUGGCUUGAAUUCUUUUUUUUUAAUGGGAAACAACUUGAAAAGUAUUUUUUCUCACAGUAGAAGCAGGUCAUCAGAUGAAAGCGUUGGCUCAUGCAGCAUCAAAGAUUGCUUGUUGGUCUUUUGUUUUUGCCCUUAUUGUAAUUAUGCUCUUUGUUUGAACUAUGCACUCUAUGCUUAUGACCACUAGUAUCUACCACAGAAUGUUACCGCUCUUCAUACAUAGGUUUUCUUUUUUAAAAAUCUUUAAAUAUGUGACUUGAACCAUUUCUGUUAAGAUAACUCAGUAUGCUUGUAGAUCUUUGGCUUUAUUUUUCAUUGUGAUGCGGUACACCCAAAUUUAACACUUUCCUCUCAAAAAGAAAAAGGAGAAACAACAUUUUUGUAAAUGUCCAGAACCAGCAGUGAUGCUGCCAUUGUUUUUGUUUCCUUUCAUUUUGUAGAUUUCCGUUUGUCUGUUUGUUUGUUUUUCACAGUCUUUGUCAAACCUGUGUAAGGAUAAAAGGAUAGAAGUUAUAUUGGUUUUUAUGUCAAUAAAUUCAAGUUUACUGUGGCCAUCCACUCUUGUAUGUCUUUUGAAGCAUUAAAACCUCUGUAUGCAUGAAA